AUGAAGGGUGCGGCAAGUGACGACGUGUCAGAUUGGAUAGCAAGCCAGGUGGAGGACCAGCUAGCCUGUGCCUGGCACUUGGUCGUCGACCGGCUCAACUCCACGAGCCAAGGUCAGCUUUCCUUUGCUUGUGCCAUUGUCGGCAGUGUCCUUGUCCUCUGCGGUUCCACAUUGGUAAAGCCAGUCUUCGUCACAUCGCUUUCUGUGGCCCUGGCAGUGCGCAUUGAGGAGGUGGCUGCGACACAGCAAAGCAGCACAGCUGGAGGUAUAUGCGCGGUGCUCGUUGCAGCGUGCUCCUGUGUACUGGCACAUCGCUUCUAUCCAGUGGUGCUCUUCCUUGCAGGGGGCUUCGCUGCAGGACUAGGCACCAUUUUCCUGCGCGAAUCCUUGAACCUCGAGCAUGCCCAGAAAGAGCUGCUGGCACUGAGCGUGCUGGUCGCAGUUGCUGGUGGCUUGCUGUUGAAGGAGUUCCGCUUGGCAGGAUGGUGCUUGCUGACUCCUGUGGUCGGUGCCUACCUGCUGGCGACGAGCUGCCAGUUCUGGGAAGAGGAUCGUGCAGGUCGCCAUGCGAUGUGGAGUUCGGUUGGGGCAGGAAACUCUCUGCUUUUUGCCGCAAUCUGGAGCCUGGGGACUUUGCUUGGCUGGUACUGCCAGCUCAUUGGCCCGGCUUUUGGUGAAGAUCCUUUAAAGCUUCCUGCCGCCCUAGAGCGCAAGCUGCAGCACUUCCACGUCCAGUUUCCGUUCCUUCUGGAUGCUGCAGGCCAGGUUCCGGCGCGGCAGAGAAGAACUUCGCAGGAUACUUCGACCGCCUACCUGACAGAACCUUUCCUGAAAGGUGCUGCGCGAUUAGAUGCCAAAGCGCGACCUGGAAAAGGCUGGUCUGGCGCGCCAAAGCUUCUGAUCAGCUUCGGCGCGGUGAUCGUGCUGCUGCUGAACGCUGCCUUGAUCAGUCAGCCGGUUCUCGUCCUGGGCCAUGCUGUUCUGAUGUCUUUGGCUUUCCUCCCAUUGACAACGGCAGGUCUCCUGAGCUAUGCCAGAGAUCGGACCGGUGGCCUUGUCAUGGAGCCUCUUCUUCGGCAUGCUGCGCAUGCAUCCUUGGGCGUGCUGGUGCUACUUUGUGCCAUUUUGGGGUGCCUGUCCAUGUACUGGAAGAGGCUCUGUGCUGCAGAGCCGCGACUGUCGCCAACUUGGAGCAGCAGAUUCCAUGUCUUCGUAGGCUACGCAGUCCUCAUGCUGCUUUUUGCAUGCAGCUGCUCUGGUGCCGCCAAGCUGGUCGCUCUUCAAAGAGGAAGCGAGCGGCAAGAUGUCGGGACUUGCCACUCGGUCUUGGGAAAGCUCAUCUUCAUCCUGGCCGCUUUCAACCAGGUGCAAGGCUGCUUCCUGCCAGACCUGCUGCCGGUCUGGGUGGCAUCACUUCUCACUGUGCUGCUGGUGAUUUGUGUGACCGCUGUGCUGGCUUUCCUGUGCAGUCCGCCACCGACAAUCCCACCGAGAGCUGCAGCCCCCGUCAAGGAGGAGGUUCGGCGAGCACAGCUGCUGGGUCGGCUGAUCCGUGGCCAGGCCCCAUCUAAACUUCAUCAUGGUGCGCAGCGCAAGCUGGCACGACGCGAUUGGGAUGCUGUCGUUGCGGCCUUCGAGGUGCAGGACACUGCCAACAUGGUGUCGCUAUGCUUCCUUCGCUGGCACCGCUUUGCGCAGUCAGCGCACAUAACGAAAGCCCAUGCUGAUCUGCGAAGCAGCGACAACAUCGUGAAUUUCUUGUCCUCGACCUUGCUGGGCGAGAUGAGUCGGUUGCCCCUGAGCCUUCUGACAUGGUGCCUUGUGAUAUCCUGGGUCAUGCCGCCCGGCAAGUCUUCGGUGCGCGAUUGCGAUGAGAAGGAGCUGGUCGUGGAAGAAUCCGUGGACAGCCUGGGCUUCGGCUUCGUCGAUUUGCCGCCAACGAAGUAUGCCCCGUUAGUCAUCAAGAACGUGAAGAAGGACUCCUGGGCUGCUGAUGCUGGCAUCCUGGUGGGAAGCGAGCUUCUUGAGUUGAACGGCCAGGAAGCGGGCCAGAUGUCUGCCGAAGACUUCCGAGCAGCAUUGAAGCAGCGGCCACUCCGAGUGAAAUUGGCACCGCCGAUGGCCGAAGCCUGGAAACAAGUGGCAAACUUCCAACAGCAGGUGGUAACUCUGAGUCUUCAAAAGGUCCACCUCCAGCAAGCCCUGAAGGACGAGAGCGAGCGAGUGAAGAAGGAGCUUGGCAUUUGCACGGCCCUAGAGAAGUCCAACAGCCUCCAGCACAAGGCACAGCGGGUCAAGGACCUGGCCGAAAGAGAUUUGGAGAGACGAGCGCUGGAGGAGCGCCUUUUGGCCUUGCAGGCCGAGCUCGACGCGAAGAAGGCGGAGCUCGAGGGGCCGAAGGGCGACGCCCAGGAAGAGGAGUCCAGGCGCCGAGCUGACCUCGAGCGAGAGACUGCGGAAGUGCAAGAGACGAAGGCUGCUUUGGAUGCCGAGCGCGCGGCCUUGCAGCAGGAAAAGACGCAAGUGGCGAAGCAGAGCUCCGAGCUCGAGGCCCUUCGGAUCCAGCUUGAAGCAAAAGCCAGCGCUCAAGCCCAGCGGGAGGCCGAGCUCGACACGAAAGAGGCAUCCGUGCGUGAGGAGCUGGAACGUCUGGAGUCUCUGGCUGCUCUUGAGGUUGUCGAAGAGGAGCUCUCCAAAGGGCGCGCAUCGCUGUUGGCUGCACAGCCUUUGCUACAGCUUCUGGAAGCAGAGGUGGAAGGUGACACGGGAUCUGCAAGCCCUGGCAGCCCGCCACGACCUGCAAGCCCCUCGAGAUCGCAAAGACCCUCGCAGACCUCCACAAGGAUGUCGAUUGCUAGGCAGUCGCUCACUGCAGCCAGAAUGACGCAGCUCAAGGCAGCAGCAGCGCCCGUGCAGGAAGCAGAUGAUGAUUCCGAAGAGAUGUUCUGA